AUGGACGCCGGGCAGCUGAACGAGAGCUUCCGCUGUUGGUCUGAUGAGGGGCUCUCCUCACCCUGGGCCCGUCUCAAUACUGGGGGACAUAGGAUGACGCCGGCUUAUCAGAACACGGGCCUGGACGCGGUUCCGACGCGGCUUCGCCUGCAAACCCCUCGGCUUCCCGCAGUGCACCGCUAUGCGCGCUGCCGGCCGAGGGUCGUUCGACGAAUCUUCACCAACAGCCGCGAGCGCUGGCGUCAGCAGAACGUCAAUGGCGCCUUCACAGAACUUCGCAGGCUCCUUCCCACCCAUCCCCCCGACAGGAAGCUCAGCAAGAACGAGGUCCUGCGGUUGGCCAUGAGGUACAUCAACUUCCUGUCCGGGCUGCUCGGCGACCAGGACUUCUGGCCAGGCGGGGCGACGCGCUCCACGGCUCCCCAGGGUGGAGAGGAGAGCCAGGAGGCACUGCCGCGGGAUCUGUCACCUGACUCCAGCUGUGGGGGUCUGCCGGACGGAGAGCCGAGUCCUGGUCUCCAGGACUUCUCCGCGGAGCCCGACCUGACCACCACGUACCUCUACACACAAACAGCUGAUCUAGCGUGCUGGCUACAGCUGAGUCCAGGGGACUGA